AUGGCCAAGUGGACUGACCCUUUUCCACGCACAGGUCGAAGAGACACGUGGCAAUUCAAUCCGGAUGACAUUCCAAACGAUCUAGCCGCAGGUAAAGGUCGACCAAAAUGGAUUCUCUCAUCCUACGGCCCAGGGAAGAACGCACCAGCGUCUUUGCUCCAGGACAAUGAGUUCAGCGCUGAAGAAGUCCGAGCAAGAUUCUACGAGCUCGCAGCCCAGGGCAAACAGGAUGAAGCCGACCGGGAAGCUAUCGCGCUCUGGACCAAAGCAGAGCAGGACAUAAACCAGAUUGUCAACAACACCCGUGACGUCGAGAAGUUCAUUCAAGAAGCAGCAAAGAAGCAUCCCAACCGCGACGACUUUACGCAGAUGGACGGCACGAAAUCAAAGGAGCAGAUCAUCAAAGAGACUGGAUCAUCAUCAAAUAUGCCAGGCGGCUUUGGCUCAAACGCUGGGGGUGGCUUUGGUUCGAACUCCACGUCAAGUCCAUUUGGUUCUAAAACGCCUGCAUUUGGACAGGCCAGUCAACCCUCAUCCGGGUUCGGAGCAUCAUCGCCGUUCGGCAAACCAGCAUUCGGACAGAGUGGAUUUGGUGCUGCAAGCCCGUCGGGUGGUGCAUUUGGUGCAAGUUCAUCAAGCGGUGCAUUCGGCGCAAGCGGAGGUGGCUUUGGCUCUGGCUCUACUACAUCAGCUGGCGCCUUUGGAAAACCUGCAUUCGGACAAUCAGGGUUCGGGGCAUCUUCAUUCGGUCAGCCUGCGCAGCCGUCGUCCAGCUUCGGGAAACCGUCGUCACCAGCAUCAGGGUUUGGAACUCCGUCCCAGCCACAAUCAGCAUUCGGCCAACCAUCCCAGCCUGCGUCCGGGUUCGGUCAGCCGGCGUUUGGAGCGUCAGGCUUUGGUUCGAGUGCACCAAAGAAUCCGUUCGCUCCAGCUUCGGCCUCAGGUGGUUUUGGUUCGACUAGCUCGACCUUUGGCCAACCGUCACAAUCUAGCUCAGCGUUUGGCCAACCAUCUCAGCCCACUUCGACAUUCGGGCAGCCAAGUCAAGCAUCAUCAGCGUUCGGACAGCCGCCUCACCAAUCGUCUGCCUUUGGACAGCCUAGUCAACCAUCCUCUGCAUUCGGACAGCCGUCGCAGCCAAGUUCUGCAUUUGGCCAACCGUCACAACCGACCUCUGCAUUUGGACAACCAAGUCAACCGACGUCUGCCUUUGGACAACCAAGCCAACCAGCUUCUGCGUUCGGGCAACCAUCUCAACCAACUUCUGCCUUCGGACAACCAAGCCAACCAUCUUCAGCAUUCGGGAAGCCGGCCCAGCCACUGACGACCUUCGGCCAGCCGAGCGCCAGCCAACCAGCCUUUGGACAAGCACAAACACAAAGCAUACAACAAGCGCCACAACCAACAUCCGGAUUCGGGUCCAGCACAGCCCUAGCGUUCGGUCAACCCAGCGCGCCGACGAAUCCCUUCGGCGCAAGGCCCACCGGAGACCAGCCGAAGGACGAGACCAUGGACUCAACGACGCCACCGGUGUCCUUGAAACCACAGCCUCAGCCUCGCGCCAAUCCAUUCGGAGUCGUUGCUCCUCCUCCAACAACAACAUCGGCGCUCCCGGCUUCCACCUCAACCACAGCUCACCCACUGACCAACAAGCCCGCCCGCGCCCUGCAUUACACGGAAACCCUACCCCCAGGCCCUACGCAAAAGAACCAAACAGGAAGACUACACACCUACCGUGGCCAGCCCGUCGCGUACGAGAGCAACGUCCCCUGUUACCGGCGGCCUGACAAUCGGGAGUCGGAGAAGAUAUGGUUCCCCGACGGGGCAGCGGCGCCGGAUGUCGUGGCCUUGAAUCGAGAGGAUAAGAUCUGGGAUCUCCAGGGCGAGCGGACAGAGUAUACGGAGGAUGUGCUGGGCAGUUACAGAUACUUGUUCAGUGAAGGGAGGUGGAAGGAUGGGAAGAUGCCGCUUGUUCCACCGCUGCGCGAGUGGGUCGUUUAUGAUUUCUAG